CUUCACGUUGUACUCUAUCGACCCCGUUAUGGCAAUUACCAACACUGUGGCUUGUACCUGGAGGAUGAAAGAGAGCCCCUCAUUUUCGAAGUUACCGGCGAACAUCCGAAAUUCGAACGCAAUAUCAUGAAAGCACGACCUGAAAAUUCUAGGAGCUUUCUGCAGAAAGUUUACAUCGGCCUUUCUGAUUACGCCGAUGUAAAAAAUAUGAAACAAGCUGCAGAGACGGUGCCC